AUGCGACCGCGAAGGCUCUUUCACCUCGCCAACCUCGCCUCCUCCAACAAAGCGCCAAAACCGCAGCAGCAGCAGCCGCGGUUCAAGGCCAAGGGGCCGCCACCGCGCUCCACUCGCCGCGCCGCCGCCGCCAACGACGACAACCCGCAGGCGGACCAUGGACCGGCGCCGACCCUGCGGCCGUCUGCAGCGAUGAACUACUACUCCCAGCCGGGAUACGCCCACCUGCCAACUGUCCCCAGGCAGCAGCAAUACGGCGCACCGCAGUGGAUGAUGCCGCCCGCCGGUCCUCCUCCCCAACCUUACCCUCACCACCACCGAGACCACUUUGCGCCGGCUCAGCAGCAGCAGCGACCCCCCCCAGUCCCUCCGACCUCCACAGCCUCGCCCCAGGGGCCUCUUGUUCAGAUCCCAGGCCUGACUCUGCUCAACGCCAUGUCCCAGGCCGGCCCGCAGUCCAACGCGCCCCCUCCGCCCGGCCCGUCGCCGGCGGUCCGCGCGCAGCCCGCCAUGAAGGGCAUCAAGCGCAAGUCUGCCCGGGUCGCCGCUGCGAAGGCGAAUUCUUCCACGGCCGCCAAAAACGGCGCAAAACCCAUACCACGCCCUGUUCCCGAGCCCUCCGCCGCAGCCAGGAACGAUCCCCGGGAGGAGCGCCAGGUCCCGAGCCGCAAGUCCGGCGGCGUCCCCGAGCCAACACCUCUCUACCUCGCGCGAUCCUUCGCCCCGCCCGCCACCCUGCCGCAGCCGCGCCGCAUCCUCGUCAUCCUCGACCUCAACGGCACCGUCCUCUACCGCCCCACCCGUCGCCAGCCCACCACCUUUGUCGAGCGUCCCCACGCCCGCCGCUUCCUGGCCUACUGCCUCGAGGCCUUCCACCUCGCCGUCUGGUCCUCGGCUCGCCCCGACAACGUCCAGCACAUGCUCACCCAGCUGCUCACCCGGGAGCAGCGCCAGCGCUGCGUCGUCACCUGGGCCCGCGACCGCCUCGGUCUUUCGCAAGACGACUACAACUCGCGCGUCCAGUGCUACAAGCGCCUCGCCACCGUGUGGAACAACGACAAGGUCCAGGCCUCCCACCCGACUACCGGCCGAGGCGGCCGCUGGGACCAGUCCAACACGGUGCUCGUCGACGAUUCCAAGGAAAAGGGUCGCAGCGAGCCCCACAAUAUCCUGGCCGUCCCCGAGUUCUCCGGCUUGCAGAACGAAAUGGCAGACGUCCUGCCGCAGGUUCACGACUAUCUCAAUGUACUGUGCUACCAGCAAGACAUUAGCAGAUAUAUGCGCCAGAACCCAUUUAAGCUCGACCCAAGCUAUCGAUUGUCCACCUCCCCUGCUCCCGGGGUUUGA